CAAAACGGCUGCUCAAGUACUGCGCGCGCUUAGAUCCUGACAUGGCCUGCCGGAAUGUCACCCUCGAAGUCAAUGCAGCGAGCGACGCCUUGUUGAAACAGCAAACGGUUUGCCAGGCAGCGUCCGAAAAACUGACUAUCCUGACCCGGAUGCACAAAGACAAAAAGUAUGCCCUUUCGGUGGCUGAGGGCCAGCAGGAAGUGACGCAUCACAACGCGACCGGAGGCCAUGCCGACAGCGGAUCCGAGGACCAGGAGCUUGAUCAGGUGGACUUUUGGCCGGCGAGUCGGCCCGAAGGUGAGCAUGCGGGCUUUGUGUUUAAGAUCGGCCACCUUGGAUUGGGCUACUACCGGAAUGAGGCCCUCAUGCCUGCUGUGCCAGUCCGCGAAUCCGACCCCGAGAUCAAAGAGCUCCGCAGGAAGGUCGCCGAGGUGGAAAGAAGGAAGGCCCAGGCGGCGGAACAAGAAAGUGAGAGCUUCUUGCUCAUCACUCGCCUGCGAGUCCGGCAAGGGCUGGGAGACCUUGCUGGGAUAAGACAGGAAUUGGCUUUGGCACAACGCGGUGUGGAGAGGUUGGAGGCGUGCCUUGCACGACAAGCUUUGAGAAAGCCAACCACGUGGCGAAAGCAGACGACCAAGGUCUUCAAGGUGGAAUUACGUGCGAAGAAGCAGCGGUUGGAGGAGCUGACGCAAGCUUGCAACCAGUACGGCUUCAUCCUGGAGGAUUUGCACGAAAGAAAGUCUCUACGUUUCAAGGCCCUGCAGGACAUCCAAGAGGUCCAGCAAAAGAUCAAGGUCGAAAUUGAGCAGGUACAGGCUGAUGUCUUUCGCGCACAAGCGUCCCUGGCAGAAGCAGAGGCCACCGAGGAGACCCUGAGAACAAGGUCACAGGCGCUGAGCCAAGAGUUUGCAGAAAAGGGCGAGACGGCCGUGGUCGUGAAGAUCCUCCGGCGAGUCACCCUGCCGCAAGAGUUGCCGCGGCGGGCAGUGGAGGUGGCCAACCAGGCGAAAAUGGACUGGUGCUGCAUUACUGCGGGCACCUCUGGCAAACCGACAUCGCUUAGCAUUGAGGAGUUCAUGGACAGCCCCGAGUGUGGUCUUUUGCAGUCCCUCUAUCAGCUGAAUGGGCCAAGUGGCCAGAGAUUUCUCUACUGGAUCCCUUCCAAUGACCACCAGGAUGGCCGCUAUGUGACUUUGCGCGGAAAGUUGUGGCCAAAGCUGACCAGCCCCGUCUACAAGCAUCCCCCCAUCAAACUCAACUUCUUUGAGCUGCUGCGCGCCUCCCUGGGCGACGCCCAGUUCUCGGAUGUGUGGCUUGUGCCAGAGGCCCCGCACUUCCAUCAGAAGGCAUUGGGUUUGGACCGCAUGACCGACAUCAAGCCACCCCAGGCAGUGGAGAAUUGCUUGCGGCCCUACCAGCUCGCUGGCUUCAGGUGGUUGGCCUGCCUGAGCAAAAACGGGUUGGGUGCGGUGUUGGCCGACGACAUGGGUCUUGGGAAGACACUGCAAGCCAUCAGCGUUUUGCUCUAUAUGAAGGAGGAAGGUUUGCUGGUGGAGAAUGGCAAGAAGCGGCCCUUCCUCACGGUGGUGCCACCAGGGCUUCUUCGCAACUGGCAGCGCGAGUUCGAACGUUGGGCGCCCAGCUUGCGCAUCUACACGUACCACGGCCCCAAACGCAGCCUCCCAGAUGACAUGGGCCGAGCCUACGAUGUCCUUCUGACGACGUACGAGAUCGUCCGAAAUGAGCGGCUGAAGUUUUCAGAUGUGGACGUAAUUUGCUUCAGUGGUAUGAUCAUCGACGAAGCCCAGAAAAUCAAGAACCACGGAGCACUCGUGUCAAAGGCGAUCAAGGAGGUGGGCAAUGCCAUCGGUCAUACAAGGAUUGCGCUAUCAGGCACGCCGAUUGAAAACAAGGUUGAUGAGCUUCACAGCAUCUUCGAUUUCGUGAACUAUGGAUACCUUGGAGAUCAGGCGAGUUUCUCCGCGACGUUCUCACGAAUCAUCGAGAAAGGGUACGGCCCCAAUGGCAGCCUCGUCGCAGAGAAGCGGAAGCAGACACUGGAUCUCCUCCAAAGGCUGACGGCGCCAUUUCAGAUGCGGCGGCUCAAAACCGAUCCGAACAUCCUGCCCGAUCUGCCCGAGAAGAUCGAUCUUGCAUCGACAACAACACUGACAAAAGAGCAGGAGAAACUCUACGCAGCCAUCCAGCACGACUUCCGGGUGAAGAUGACUAGCUCGGCCGAGACUCGCGAGAACCACAAGUUCGAGAGGCGUGGGCACAUCUUUGCCAUGCUUGAGCACGCGCGGCGGGUUUGCAGCCACCCCCUUUGCCUGGACCGGGGGAAGUACCCAGACUCCUGCAAGGGCAUGACUGUGCAACGGCGCGUUGAGAGCUCCGGCAAGACGGUCCGCUUGUGCGAGCUCCUGGACGAAAUCGUUCCCGCCAAAGAGAAAGCCGUGGUCUUCGCGACCCGGAAGGAUGUGAUCAGCGUGCUGGCGGGUUUGAUUGGGAAUCGCUUCCAUGACAUGACCGUCCUGAUUUUCACGGGCGAUCUCUCGCUCCAGGAGCGAAACGAAGUGGAGCAGCGCUUUCAAACGGACCCAAAGUGCCAGUUGCUGCUGAUCACUUUGCAGUGCGGUGGAAUCGGUUUGAACCUCACGGCCGCCAAUCAUGUGAUCCACUUUGAUCGAUGCUACAACCCGGCAAAGGAAGCACAGGCCACCGAUCGCUGCCACCGAAUUGGUCAGAAGCGUUCGGUGUGUGUGCACCGCCUAAUCACAGAAGGGACGUACGAAGAGCAGCUUGAGAAGAUCAUGGCGCGGAAGCAGGAUCUCUCAUCCCUGACGGUGAGCCGUGCAGAGGAUUGGAUCGCCGACUACUCCGACGAGGCGCUCUUUGACCUCUUCAUGUUGCGCAAGGGCCCGCAGCGCGGGCCGCCGGUGGGGGAGUUGGAGACGCCGCCCAGGAAUGACAAUCGUGCGCUGCCGACGACAUCUCCCAACAAGAGCAAGAAGCGCCCAAUGACCACCACCUUGCCCAACAAGCGGGCCAAGUGAGUGCAUUGGUCAGAGCUGCGCUGAAUGGGGCGGCGCACAUGUUCUGUGCUAUCUAAUUUCUAUCAUAGCUCCCGUGGGUGUGUCCCACAGGAGUCCCAUAUUGACAUCGAAGAAAGUCCUGGAGUCCUCGCGGAAUGGCUUUAUCUGGAUAGUUAUGUGGUUGAGCAUCUGCACUUUUGGCAGGUGGGUAUAUCUUUCGCUUCAUGUGGCAUCAUUUUAGGUUGCGACACGCUCGGGACGUCCGGAAGUGACGAACAAAUGCGCUGGGCUUGUGUAUGCCUGACAGCAAAACAGGGCCACCAGAUCCAAUGAGCUGCUG